AAUGGGAAUAUGUUAUUGUGUCAUUAUAUUUUUUAAAAUUAUUCUCUAGUGAAUGUUGAAUAGUUUAUGCAACCGAACAAUCAAAAUCUGUUACUGAAAAACGUAUUUGCAGAAUCCAGUGUUGCGGAAAAAUCCGGUAGCAACGGAAUUUAAUAUCUUCACGAGGAAACGCACCUCCAUCGUCUCCAAAAAGGCAAUAAAAACGUGAAAUAAAAUAGAAAAAAUAGAAUUCCAUCGAUAAACAUGAAAAUACGACAGCAAAAAAUUUUAAACAAAUUCAAGGAAUGCUUUGAAAUGAAAGAAAAAUCGCAAAAUAAGAUACGGUUUCCUGGUAAAAUAGAGAAUAAAAAACGUCAAAAAUCGAUUGCUACAGUGGAUAGACAAUUCGUCGUUGUGGAAAAAUCGCCUGGCAACGAAUUGCACAUCCCCACCUUCAGCUUUACUCAAAAAAAAAAAAAAUUUCACCACCAAAAAAACAUAUUUACCCCCCAAAAAAAAAUUAUAUUCACUCCAAAAAUCCCCUCGUCCUCCCCCCAUAACGCCAACGAACCCCAUCUCCUCUAGAACCCCCAAAAACAAAAAAUCAUUCCCCGAUGCACCGAGCCCCAUCUGCACUACCUAGUUACGUCCCUGCUCCCACGUACUCCGUAAUCACUCCCUCUCCCCCGAAGUGUCAUCGGCGAAGGGGCGAGGGCGGAGGGACCACAGAGUAGAAGGGGAGAUGAUCAAAGCAAUACGAUUGGACACACCAUCAACCCAUAAAUCCCCCUCACCAAAACCCUCCGAGAAUUUUCAUCGUUUUCAUAUCAAAAACCACUGACACUAGUUGUACACCAAGACCAGGCUAGUCACUAGUCGUCUCUAGUGUUCUCCCCUCUCCAAAGGAAAAUUCUCCUUUCCCCUUUGACCCCAAAAGGAAUUGAGCAACGGAGGAGGGAAAAAAAAAAAAUCGUUGCUCUGAUAUCUGGGGAAAAAAAAAAAUUCCUCCGAAAGAAGAACAACGAGUGGCAAAAAGAAAAUUCUAAAAAAAUCUUUCACACUUCCACUUCCUAAAAGUCACCACCCCCACCCCCUCAAAAGCUCACUCCCCCCCCCCUUCGCCCCCGCCCCACCACCCCACUCCAUUGGCAUUGUUGUCAUCUUGUUCCCGCGCGCGCCAGAGACCGUAACGCACCCUCGGGAGUGUUUGAUAACCCGGACUUGGUCUCUGGGACACCCGUGUCGAGGCCCAGACCCAGAUUGCCCCAGCAGUUUGCCCCCGGCCCCAGUUGGUGUCACCGUGUUCUCCUCGUUCGUUUUUUUUGUUACGUUUUUCCGUCAAUAUCCCCGUUAAAAUCGACGAUAAUAAUCAUUAACGUUAACAAUUGGGAAAAGUAACAAAGUGAGAUUCAAUAGGAAGGAUUAAUUUUAAAAAGUCACUAGUGUUGAGUUACCACAUUUCAUUAUAUCAUUUAUCAUCGUGAAUUACUGAGGACAUAAAAGAGGAAAGAAAAACACAUCUCAGUUGAUUACUGAACGUACUUUGGGGAUUAGUUGGUGGUGGUGUGGAAUACGAAUCUCAAGAUGGCCGCUGACUCGGGAAUGGAGACGUGUCCGUCACCAGAAAUUGCGGACUCGAGGAAACGGCCCUUGGAUUGUGACGUGGAGAACGGGGCGACGAAAAGGUCUCAUUACGGUUCAGGAGGAGAUGGAAUGUUUCACCUCAAAGUGCUUGUCCCAGGGGUGGCUGCUGGUGCCAUCAUUGGGAAGGGGGGAGAGACCAUUGCACAACUGCAAAAAGACACUGAGGCCAGGGUCAAAAUGUCAAAGGCUCGUGAUUUUUAUCCAGGCACUUCCGAACGAGUCUGUUUAAUAACCGGAAGUGUCGAAGCCAUAAUGCAGGUUAUGGACUUCAUAAUGGAGAAAAUCCGUGAGAAGCCAGAUUUAACAGUGAAAACAACAGUGGACUUUGACUCGGGCAAGGCAACAGCCGAGAGAGACAAGCAGGUCAAGAUUCUGGUGCCCAACAGCACUGCUGGCAUGAUAAUAGGCAAAGCUGGUAAUUAUAUAAAGCAGAUUAAAGAGGAGUCCGGUUCGUAUGUACAAAUAAGCCAAAAGGCAAAGGAUCUGUCACUCCAGGAGCGUUGUAUCACUGUCAUUGGAGAAAAAGAGAACAAUCGUAAUGCACUUCUCAUGAUACUGGCCAAGAUUGCCGACGAUCCACAGAGUGGUACAUGUCUCAAUGUCAGUUAUGCUGAUGUCAGUGGUCCAGUAGCCAAUUACAAUCCAACGGGAAGCCCCUAUGCACAAGCACCAGCUACAACACCAACGUAUACGUCACCAGCUGGUCUCAAUACCGUGUCUCUCCUGAACGGUGCCGGCCUCAGUCUAAACCUGAACCUGGGUGCAGCAAUAACGACGGGCACAGCACCAGUGACAACCCAACUGUUAGAACAUCUUAAACUCCACCUACGCACCACUGGUUUCUCGGAGGCAGCAGCCACCGAAAUAUUAACAGCAGCUGCUACCCUCGCCAAGUACAACAUCCUGGGAAUGGGAAUAGGUGUGCCCUCGAGUGUGUCAUACCUCGGCAAUCCCAUCGACAGUACAACAUCAGCAAAUGGUUCCAACAACAAUGGAGGUGUUUUCGGUCCAAUUGGUACAGUACCGACAAUGGGAUCAUCAUCACCAACACCUCGCAAUACACUCGACAGAUACGAGCCCUUCGAUGCAUUCAGGCAAAAUUCAACAGCUGUAUCAGCUAUUCAUCUCAACAAUAAUUCAUUUGGACUUGGAACAAAUCAAUUGUCACUCGUAAGUAAGAGCCCUAAUACAAUCGAGAUCAACAACAAGGAAACAAAGAAAGUAGAUAUAGAAAUUGCUGAGGUUAUUGUUGGUGCUAUACUUGGACCUGGUGGUCGUUCACUCAUUGAGAUUCAGCACUUAAGUGGUGCUAAUAUACAAAUAUCUAAAAAGGGAAUGUUUGCACCUGGCACGAGAAAUCGUAUUGUCACUAUUACUGGAUUUCCAAAUGCCAUUGGUACAGCCCAAUAUCUCAUUGAACAGCGAAUCAGCGAGGAGGAGAACAAGCGUGCGCGUCACAAUGCCAUUGCUGGCAUGAUACAUUGAUUCCAAUAUUUAUCGUAAAUAUAUCGUGAGUUUAUUUGAGAUAUUAACCGAAGGAUUUUAUCCACAUAUUCCACUGGAUUAAUGACGUAUUUGACGUAUUGAUAUAUUGAAUGAAAAAAUCCUAAACUUGAUAUUUUACAUUGCAAAUCCACAGAGGAUUAAUUUGACAAAUUUUUUUUGUAUUAUCUCUCAUGUAAAGAUAAGUCAAAAAUCGAAGAGAAAAUAUAGAAAAAAUUGAUCCAAAAAUUAUUUACAAUAGAUUUUUUAGGGUUUCCUAUUCAAUAACUUGAUACGUGAAUGUUUAGUUUCUCGUUUUCCUUCACAUACUCUCAGAGAAUUUCUUUUUUUCAUCAAUUGAGUCACAUCUAGGCGCUUGUUGCAUUGCCCACAUCACCCAUUGAAUCGCCACUUUAAUAUAAUCCUUAAGAUUCUUAAUAUAUUAUAUUAAACAUGCAUAUAUACGUUGACGAGGAUUACUAUACGAUUGUUCUGUGAUACAUCACAUUGCGGGGCUUUAUCACAUGUUUAACAGACAAAAUAACACAAGAGUCUAUGUCGAUGAUGAAUUUUGUGCUUGCGGAGACGGAGAAUUGUUGGACAAAUUUUAUUUAUAAUUGUUAAGAGAUUUAUAUUCUUCUGCCAGAGGUUUUCAAUACCAAAGAUACUUUGACCAGAUUAUUCCUUUCGUAUGGUUUUUUUUUUUUAAGAUUAUUAUCGAGAGGCUGGCUGGCCCUGCCCCAUUCAUGAUUCUCAUGCCUCAUACAUAUUUUUCCCCCCUUUAUUCUUCGGGUUCAAUCACUCAUGCUGUCCAGUCACUUCUUCGCUCGAAGCACAAAUUUGAGAGAAAUAUUUUCACUCUUCAGAUUCUUGUGUUUCAAUUCCAGUUGAUACAGGCACACUAGAUUAAAAUUAUUGAAUCGUUGGGAGGAAGAGUAAUCGUCAGAUUUAAGUCAUUUAGGCGAGUGAGAGUUGCCCAGAUUUUCAGGCGGAUGAAAUAUUUUUUUAUUCAGAAAAGAAAAAAAAUUUAAAAGAAAUAACAAGCUUAGGGAAAAGGGAGGGGAAAACGAUGUGCGAAGAAUUAGAAUUAUUCUCUAGGGGAUAUGUGAUGUGGAGCCCGGAGUCCUGAGAUUCACUUGUGGAUCGAGUGGAUGUUCAUGGGUUUUACGAGAAUAUUCCGAUAUUCAAAGUGUUUCUGUAAUUGAGGGAUGUCCUAUUUGUUGAUUAUAAAUCAUUUUUAAUCACUCAAUAACAGAAAAAAAAAUUUUUCCAAUGCUGAAGGGCAAUGAGAAUUUAAUGAAAAAUAGAUACAGAUAUACUGUACAAUUUAUCGAAAAGUUCUAAAGGCGCUGGCUCACCGUAUUUCCAUCGGAAAAAAAAAGAUGAAAAAUUAUUAUGAAUUUAAAACGAAUAUGAAUAACAAAUGAACUUGUAUAUUUAUAAAUAUGAAAUAUUAAACGAUAUAUGGAGGGAAUGGAGAAAGAAUUAUAUUAGAAUGAGUUAUGAGGUUUCAUUAGAUUAUUGUUGACACGAGGGUAAGAUUAGUGACAUUAUUGAUACUUGCGUCCCGGAUUUAGAGUAUGACUCAUGUUUUAAUUGUAUCGUUACCACUUUCGUUUUUUCUAUUGUCAAUCAUCAUUGAGAGAUUUUUUUAGAUUUUUUUCCAGCCAAGUGGGGAAAUUGUUAUUUCCCCCUCCGUUGUUAGAUUUUUGUUAAAAAUCAAUUUUAUGGAUGUAAUUAUUCGAAUUGUAGAUAAUCAUAAUUUUUUUAUGAAACAUUCACCUCGAGAUCGAGAAUCGAGUCAUUUUUAUCUGAUUACUAAGUACGAAGGGCAUCAUCACAGUAGAUUUAGGGUAUGAAUUUGAAUAAAAAAAAAUACACUUGGGCUACCUGAGGUUCAUCAAUCACUAGACAGAUAUUGGCAUCAUCCACUUACCAACUGCUGAGUCUUAAAUGAAUUAGCGAUUACCAUGAAGAAUCAUCCUGUUUUUCAUUAUUAUUUUUUUUUUGCGUGAAAUUUGAUCAAGGGAAUGCAUUGACUCGUGGAGAACUAGGAGUGAUACUUUAAUCGUUUGCAGUCUUGAUUUUUUUUUUUAUUUUACUAAAAAAUGAAAUUUAACAACUCGUAGGUAGCCUUUGGUUUUAAUGUUUUGAAGAUAUUUGUUGAUUAAAUAUGACGUUUUUUUUUUAUUUAAUAUUUUGAAUUGAUUAAAAUUUUUCAGUCAAGUGCGGAAUGUAGUUUGAUCAAGGGAAUAGAACUUUUUUAAGAGGGAAAAAAAAAAGUUUGUCUUGGAUUCAUUGAAAGAAUAUUUGUUUAUAGUCGUGUGAAAAAUGUAGACAAAUUUGUUUUGCGCAGGAAAAAUAGCUUCACGGCAAGGCAAUGUACGACGAGCAAGGACGAUUCGGAAAUGGAGCUUUCUACUGCGUACCUGACAGUAUUCACAGUUUGAACAAUAAUGGUUGAAUAAUUACACACACACACUGAACACGUUUAAUCGUGGCUCGUGAGUUCGCCAACCGAGAAUGCCGAGAAGCUGGUUUUCCUUCUUUAAACAGAGUCUCCUUGAACAUAAUUCAAUAGGUAAGCGUCAAAGAGAUGUGUUUACAGACAUAAAUUCCCACAAAAUACCGCAACAAAGAGAGAAAAAAUCCGAAAAAAAAAUAUCGUGUGAGAAAUAUAUUCAACCAUUGGAGUUUAAAAUCGAAGAGAGUGAUGAAUAACAAAAUGGCGAACGUGAAGUAGCUUCAUUGACACCAAUAAACGUCCUAAAUGUCGUGCACAAGAGUGCCGAAGGGAAAAACCCCCGAGACUAUACGAUGGCUUUAAAUGAGGAGUAAAAAAAAAUCUUUAAAAUUCAUUUACUUGUCUGUGCAUGUCUCUUUGGUGAUUCUCCUUUGGAUAAAAAAAAAAGCGACAAAGCCCUGAACAUUUCUACCAAUUGUAAUCAAAAUGAGCCUUUUUCAAUGACUAACCUCGUUACAAACGUGAGAGAACGGUAGAUAAUACGUAUAGAUUAAAACACUUGAAUGAUGUAGCAUUAUUGGUGGAUAAUGCUACUUACGAGUUGUUGAAUGUUUAAAAGAUUAAAAUAUUAACAUAACGACAGUUGUAGAGACGCCAUUAAUUGAUCGAUUGAACGCGACUAUUUCCAGAGAAUAUAUAUGGAAAAUAAAGAGCAUAUAAUGAUUAUGUUAAUACAUGUAAACUAGCCAAAAUAUAUUAAAUAUUAAACGUAUACAAAUUAUAUUAGGAAAAUUCGCGUUCAAUGACUAUUCGUUCAAGUGUCGAAGGUUUAUUAAUAUAUUCAUAUUCAUUAAUAUAAAUUAUAGAGAGAAGAUAUGUAUGUUCAUCUAUAAUAUAUAAAGAUUCAUACACUGUUUGUGUAUGUAUAUAUGUAUACAUAAAAAGUGGCAUGAGAUAGUUUAUCGAUUACACACGAGUAAUUCACAUCGAUUUGUCUUUUUCAAAAAUUUUCAUUCAUUUUUUUUUUGUUUACUCUAUAAAACAUAAUUUUCUUUUCUUCUCUGUUCAUUCGUCAUUAUUGAACACGUAGUGGCAUAAAUUUUCCUCUCGAUUCGUUCAUUAACUCAUCAUGAUGAAUGUGGAUUAGAGGUGACAAUUUAGGGAACAUUAAUUGUUAAAUUCAUAAUUUUAGAUGACGUAAUUGAUAAUUAAAUCACCAGAGACACGUUCGGGAGUGAUUAGAUAGGGACAGGUGUGUAGGAAUUGGUCAUUUGCCUCGAGUUCUCAUGGAAAAUGUACUAGUUUAUGUAUAAAAAAUGUCGUGAUAAGGAACGAUCAAUUUUCAACAUCUGCAGUGAGGGGGAAAAAAAAGGGGCCAAAAACUUGUUAAUUGACAUUUCAUUGGAAUUCACCUUGUUUCUUUGAUAUCAUCGGCUAUUCGUUGUCAUUGGGGGGUUUUUUAAUGGGCCUUUUUUUUUUUCCUCAUUGCAAUUACCAUUACGUGUGACUUGGUCACGUAACUUGGCUGUGUGUUGCUAGGCUACAUCAUGAAUUCAUUGAAUCAUUUUCAAUCUAGUGUUGCCGAUUGAAUUUGAGGGGAAAUAUGAUAAUAGAUUGCAAUAGAAAAGAGAAAGAUAUAUAGAUAUAUAUGUAUAUAUAUAUAUAUACAUGCAUAUAACAGAUCAUGAGAAGUAUAUAUUCCACAAUUGUCGAACGAUUGUGGCCGAAAUGCUUAUUUAAUUGACGUUGAAAAGGAAUUAUUGAUGAAGAAAAAAAAAACAGAGAAAUAAUAGCUUAUAAUUAAUAAUAACAUUUCAUGCUCCAUUUAAAAUUACUGUGCCAUAAAAAUUGUGCACUCAAACACCAUUUCCUCUCCCCUUCCCAUUAUCGCUGAUGUACGUGACGUUAUUGUUAAAGUUUAUUCGACAGCAUUGUUCAAAUCAUGAGUUAUUUAUUUCGAAAAAAAUAGAUAAAUUACGUUCACCUGAUUUUGAUUAAAUAAUGGUGCUAAAUUCAUCACAAUCGAAUAAACAAAGUCCACUAUAUUUUAAAAAUGAUAAAUUGAACCUCCAUUACAUCAUUAACUACCCCACAAUCACGACUAAAUUAAUGACAUCAUUGUCAUAUGAAUCACAAGUGUCACAAAAUGUAUGAACUUACUUGCACGAAUUGACAAUAGCAACAAUUAUUUAUCAUUUAGAAAAAAGUCAUUCAAUUGAUUCGGGGGAAAAUAGAUUUUCAUUUCUACAUAAAUUGCAUUGAUUAUGCCUAAAAUUGACAUCACUCUAAUUGAUAGGAUUCAACAUCACUCGCGUUAAUUAACAAUUAUAAAUUAAUAACGUCCAAAGGGAAGUGUAGUCAGGACCUCAUAAAAUCAAGAAUGCAAAGUGUAAAAGUAUGGCGAGAAAGGUUGUACAGAAAUUGUACGAAUGUUAAAUCCUUUUGGAAAUUCAAUUUAGAUAGAGUAUUUAGGUUGUUAUUUUGGGGAUAAGGAUUUAUCGAGGGCUUUGGGAUGGAUAUGUGACGGGGAAUUUUAAGAAUAAUGAUUUUAAAAAAUAACACAAUAUAUAAAUCCGGAUGAAAUCGUUGUUGUUGAGGUAGACAAGUAGCAGUAGCAGCUCGGGGAUAAAACAGAUAUUAAAUAUUUAAAAAAAAAAAAUGAAGGAAUAUUAAAAGUACCUUGUUGAGUAUAAGUAUAUGCAUAAAUAGCGUUUUAGUGGAAAAACAGAUCAAUGGCUAAACACAAGAUGAAUUAUUGAGUUGAAAACGUAACGUGUGAGCACGUUGAACCUCGCGCAGAGAUAAUACAUAUAUUAAAAUGUUCAUUAAAUAAGGAACGAUACAGAAAAGAUUUGAUGAGAGAAUAAUGAAGACCCUGUGCUUUUCAUAUUUUUUUUUUCCUUAUCCAAUUUCGUUUUUUUGAUCUUCAGAAUACUCCCGAGGGUUUUUAAAAUUAUAAAUAGAGAAAAUAAUAUGAUAUAUCGAAAUUGAGCAGCUGGCUGCCAUCCAACCAGGGAAUCAUUCGUCACGAAUGCGAGUAUUGUACCUUACAUUCCUUUGGCUAUAACCGUAAUUUAAGGCAACAGGAUGAAAAAACGAUUUUAAUGAGUGAGGAAAAAAAUUUUAAUAAUGCACUACUGGCUUAUGUGUGUCACGAUUCUAUCGAUAUCGUUCAUCUCACAUCACAACCCGGUAUCACCAAAACUAUGAAAAGAAUAUCACGUUAUUUCAACGAUAUUAGUGCAUAUUUUUUUUUAGUUCAAUGAAAUUCCACAAUUUUCAUCCCUUGAAAAAUCAUCAGUCUUUUUUUCGGCUUAGGCCGAAGUUUAGGAAAUCUAUAGCUCUUGUGCCCCUCAUCGAUCUUCAUUUUUUCUAGCAUUAAAUAGAGAAGUGUUAAGCACAAAUAAUAAACGCCGGUGUUACGAGAAUCUCUCAUGAAAUGAUUAAUCAGCAAAAUGAAAUUCCGUCGAAAGGUUUCAAUAGAUAUAAAGAAAAAGAAAAACGUUAUGAUAAAUGUCCACAUGUUUUUUCCCCUCUGCAUUCGAAUAACUUGAAUCGUGUGUUAAAAAGACAAAAAAAAUGUUAUCGCUUGUAAUACCCCAGACAAAUGCUUCGCAAGAGGUGAAAAUGAUAAUUAAAAUCAAGUGGUUCGAUAUAAUCAUCAUUGUAGAGAUACGAAAAAGAAAUUGAAUUGCAUUUUUAUCAAAAAGUGCAUCGUUGUAAUUAUUUUAUUAUUUUCUUCAAUCAUCCAUGUCAGAUCGUCACGUCGUGCAUAGAUAAAAGUUAAAAAAUCAGUUGAAUAAAUACAUUGAGGGUUUAAGACAUCACAAUCUUUUAUUUAUUCACGACUGAAUAUUUUUUUUCGAUGGCUAAUUGAAAUAAGGAGAGUGUGGUUGAUGUUAAUUACUUUUAUCAUUUCACUGUCUCCUUAUUUCAAUUGCUGAUCACAAUUUGAUAAUUUCUGAAAAAGAAAACCAACAAAACGCACUCGCUUAUUUCCCAUUACUUCCCCAUUUAUUUUAUCAAGACCAUUGUAACAUCUUACGUGCGCCCACAUCUUCUCUUGGGGGUGAUAAUUGUUAUAAAGAAGAGUUUAGAUUGUAAAAUUAGUUACUAUUGAAAAAAAAAAUUAUAAAAAACGAGUAAUGAAAUCUAAUAUUAUUCUUACAUUCUAACACAUUUAUUUGCAUCCAACACGAAUUGUUAUUACGUAUCAUCAUUUAUUUACUUUUUUUUCCUUUUCUCUCGUCUUCUUUUUUUUCUCAUUCAAUGUUAAAUAAUUAUAAAAUAAAAAGUAUAAUAUAUUAACUAUUUUCAUUCAUGAAAAAGAAAGAAAGAUUUAAAGAAAAACAAAAAGCAUCGUUACCUGUAUGACAAGUGAUCAUAAGAGCAUAAUAAACAAUCGCUCAUUAAAUGCA